AUGAUCCCUGGGUCAUCUGAUGUAGUCCAUCAUCAACCAGAAAGGACAUGGUUAUUGGCCUUGCAUGGGAAAAGCUGCCACGUCCAGGUGUGGCAGUACGCCGAUUUUCUUGAGAGCAACCUCAAUUUGUCGGAAAUUAGCCCAGAAAAGGCUGACUAUUGUGUUCCUGACGGUGGGAUUGAGGAAGGUCUCAAGGAAGGAGGCAAUUCACCUGCAUGGACCACCUGGACAGAAGAUUUCUACUCCAUCAGGAAGAAGGGUGUUCAUUUGCUGGACAUAUUAAGGAAACAAGCCAGCUCCAUGGACCCACUGGACAGAAGAUACACACUACAUCAGGAAGAGUGGGGUUCAUCAUUUGCUGCCAGGACAUCUUACAAUUUAUUGCAUGUAUUGGCAUUUUAUUGUGUUUGAGCCAUUUUAAAAGUGCUGAUUUCUUUAAAGUUUUGGAAAAUAUUAUCUUUGUUCAUGUGUAGGAGGCAGAGCUCUUAUAGUUUCUUUAAACUCUUUAUAUCAUUCAUUUCCAUAAAAAUUGGAAUCAUUUAAUGAUGUAUUCAAAAGUGUUGUCAAGAAUGAUAAACAGACUCCUGCUUCAAAGCUCAUUAAAAAAUAACAGUCAUGUAGACUUGUUCUGUGAUUUCAGUUUCAAAAAAGUGCAUGUUCCAGUUUAUCUUGUGUCGGCUCAGUUUUUUAUUACUGUCAAUUUCAUGAAAAACUUGUCUUGUUUGAAUGUAUUUCCUUUUGUUUGUAAAUAAAAUCUACUUUUGAGGAAA